CCUUCCUCUUGCUGUUCGAGAGCCCCAGUGAAAACCUGAGUGAGAGGAGAGAGCGUGGAGCCCGCCGGUCUCCCCAGCUCCCCUGCACACACACACGUUUAACUUUCCACUUGUAGUGACCUGCCCUCCCUCCAGUGUGACUUAUCAGCUGUUUGGCUUUUGUCACUGAAGGAACACAAAUUGUGGAAUGUCCUGCUCUGCAGGCUCAUGAGAUGGCUGAGCCAACUCAGGGGUUAUGAGGCGGCUUGUGAGUGAGGAGAAGAAUGAUCUUCAGUUUCUGACCUCCUGGCACGGUGGCAGGCGGUAUUUAUCAGGAGGUGCAUGUGACUGGUUAAGACUCCGAGCCCCAGCCUGAAGGAAACAGCUGCUCUCGGCGUGCUCCGGCACUUGGCAGCUGGACAGGCAGAGUGCUGAUGUGAAAAAUACCGCGACAAAACCACCCCAGUUCUCCAAAGUACUUAUCAUUCAGUUUGAACAAACCAUUUCUACAGACUGCUUCUUCCAUGCAUUUCCCAGUGAUGCUAAUUGCCCUUGAAGUUCAUUUGGAUUUGGAACUCUAUCUGUAUGGAAACAACAGAGUUUUCUUGAAGUACAACUAAGGACAGAGGUCACCACUAGUCACUAACAUCACUGAUUCACAUGAUUAUGGAGAUGGUCUAUCUGAUGCUGAAAAUGUCUCUAGUUUUUUGACAACGGCUAAACAACCAUGGGAUCAAGUGGCCUUGGGAAAGCAGCAACGUUAGAUGAACUGCUGCGCACGUGCAUUGAGUUGUUUGAUGACAAUGGAGAGCUGAAUAACAGUUAUUUGCCAAGAAUAGUUCUACUGAUGCACCGAUGGUAUUUAUCUUCCACUGAAUUGGCAGAAAAACUUCUCUGCAUGUAUCGAAAUGCCACUGGAGAAGGCUGCAACGAAUUUCGAUUAAAGAUCUGCUACUUCAUGAGGUACUGGAUUCUGAAGUUUCCUGCAGAGUUUAAUUUGGAUCUUGGUUUGGUUCGCAUGACUGAGGAAUUCCGGGAAGUAGCUAGUCAACUAGGAUACGAAAAACACGUCAGCCUCAUCGACAUAUCCAGCAUUCCUUCCUAUGACUGGAUGAGAAGAGUCACACAGAGGAAAAAAGUAUCCAAGAAGGGAAAAGCCUGUCUGCUGUUUGACCAUCUGGAGCCCAUUGAAUUGGCUGAGCACCUCACUUUUCUGGAGCAUAAAUCUUUUAGAAGGAUCUCAUUCACUGACUACCAAAGCUAUGUCAUCCAUGGCUGUCUGGAGAAUAAUCCAACUUUGGAAAGAUCUAUUGCUUUAUUUAAUGGAAUCUCUAAGUGGGUCCAGUUGAUGGUUCUUAGCAAGCCAACCCCCCAGCAAAGGGCAGAAGUUAUCACAAAGUUUAUCAAUGUUGCAAAGAAGCUCCUUCAGCUCAAAAAUUUUAACACCCUGAUGGCAGUGGUGGGAGGCCUCAGUCACAGUUCCAUUUCACGCCUCAAAGAGACCCAUUCUCAUCUCUCUUCAGAAGUUACAAAGAACUGGAAUGAAAUGACAGAGCUGGUCUCCUCCAACGGCAAUUACUGCAAUUACCGCAAGGCCUUUGCUGACUGCGAUGGCUUCAAAAUCCCCAUCCUUGGAGUACACUUGAAAGACUUGAUAGCAGUCCAUGUCAUUUUCCCAGACUGGAUGGAGGAGAACAAAGUGAACAUUGUGAAAAUGCACCAGCUCUCCGUUACCCUGAGUGAACUAGUCUCCCUGCAGAAUGCCUCUCACCACUUAGAACCCAACAUGGAUUUGAUCAACCUGCUCACGCUUUCCCUGGACCUCUAUCACACCGAAGAUGAUAUUUACAAACUGUCACUGGUGCUGGAGCCUAGAAAUUCUAAAUCGCAGCCUACCUCCCCUACGGCACCCAACAAGCCUGUGGUGCCCCUGGAGUGGGCAUUAGGGGUGAUGCCAAAGCCAGACCCCACGGUCAUCAACAAGCAUGUGAGGAAAUUAGUUGAGUCUGUAUUUAGAAACUAUGAUCAUGACCAUGAUGGGUACAUCUCUCAAGAGGACUUUGAAAGUAUAGCUGCCAACUUCCCCUUCUUGGAUUCCUUCUGUGUGCUGGACAAAGAUCAGGAUGGCCUGAUCAGUAAAGAUGAAAUGAUGGCUUACUUCCUGAGAGCUAAAUCGCAACUACACUGUAAAAUGGGACCAGGAUUCAUCCAUAAUUUUCAGGAGAUGACCUAUCUCAAGCCAACCUUCUGCGAACACUGUGCAGGAUUUCUCUGGGGCAUAAUCAAGCAAGGAUACAAAUGCAAAGACUGUGGAGCCAAUUGCCACAAACAGUGCAAAGACCUCCUGGUUCUGGCCUGCAGGAGAUUUGCCCGGGCACCCUCCUUGGGCAGUGGGCAUGGGUCACUGCCUGGAAGCCCCUCGCUGCCCCCAGCCCAGGAUGAGGUGUUUGAAUUUCCCGGAGUCACUGCUGGACAUAGGGAUUUAGACAGCAGAGCCAUCACGCUGGUUACAGGCUCUUCUCGCAAGAUCUCUGUGAAGCUACAGAGGGCCACCACCAGCCAGGCUACCCAGACUGAACCUGUCUGGUCAGAGGCUGGGUGGGGGGACUCAGGGUCCCACACCUUCCCCAAAAUGAAGUCCAAGUUCCAUGACAAAGCAGCAAAGGACAAAGGCUUUGCCAAAUGGGAAAAUGAGAAGCCCAGGGUGCAUGCUGGCGUGGAUGUUGUAGACCGGGGCACGGAGUUCGAACCUGACCAGGAUGAAGAAGAAGAGACCAGACAGGACGGUGAGGAUGGCUGACUUCAGGCUGAGGAAACUGAGGAUACCAUGGCUUUCAGAAGGAACAACAUGAGAAACUCUGAAGAAAGCUAUGACUCUCAGGAAGUUAUGUGGAAAGACACCUGGAUGUUUACAGUCUUGUGACAUUGUAAGAUCUCCGUGUUUAGACUAUGGGACAAAGAACUGACCCUAAUUAUGAACUAUUUAUUUCCUCCCUACUCCCAGUGAAGUGCCACAAAGACUGUGUUAUGUAGUCAGUAGUUUUCUCAUGUAUCUUUCUCUAGAGCCAUUUAUAUACGGGUGAAACGAAAGCUUUUUUGCAUGUACUUGAUACUCACUCUGUAAACUCAGACUUUGCUUCGUGAGAAUAUCCUUUCAAUAUUUUUAUAAACGUUUGUGUGUGCUGUGGCAGGGAACAGUUAACAGGGAGUUGAUUUAGAGG